GUUGUACAGGAAAAUCCCUUUCGUGAGAGAACUACCAAAGCAUCAAAUUCUACGGACUUCAAAGCUACGGUAAGCUUUCAGCCAUGUUUUCGAAGCUCCUAAUGUCGUUUCUCCUCAUGAGAUAUGCGGCUUCCAAAGGCGACGGCGAAGAUUUUAUUUACAACGGAUUCCAUGGCGCUAACAUGAGCUUGGACGGCGCAGCCCAGAUCACAUCUGAAGGCCUCCUGCUUAUCAACAAUUCCAUACAACAAAAGAAGAGUCACGCCUUCUAUCCCAUUCCCCUUCACUUCAAACCAUCACAAGGUAAAACUCAAUCCUUCUCUACCAAUUUCGUCUUUGCGAUCGUGCCUCUGUAUCCGGAAGUGAGAGGCCACGUUUCCGCCUUCGUGAUCUCACCUUCGAAAGAGUUCCCAGGAAGUGAAGUGGGCGAAUACAUGGGCAUCUUCAAUCCGAAUAACGUUGGCAAUUCAUCGAAUCACAUAGCUGCCAUCGAGCUCGACACGUACCUUAAUCCAGAAUUCCGUGAUAUCGAUGACAACCAUGUCGGAAUCGACAUCAAUGGCUUAGAUUCCAUCACGUCCGCUCCUGCAGCUUACUUUAGUAAUAUAAAUGGUGGGUUUAAGAAUCUAAGCCUUGUAAGCGGAGAACCAAUGCAUGUUUGGGUAGAAUACAAUUCUCUACAAAACCGUCUCGAUGUAACAUUAUGGCCUAUAAGCUUACCUAAACCUGAUCGUCCACUCUUGUUAUCGAUGGUGGAUCUUUCACCAAUCUUGUUAGAUUACAUGUAUAUCGGUUUUUCUUCAUCAACCAAGACGGCUCCUUCAUCCACUUACAUCUUGGGAUGGAGCUUUAAGAUGAACGGUCAAGCUGAAGCCCUUGAUUCCUCGCGCCUGCCUAAGCUUCCACGGAUAGGACCCAAAAAGAAAUCGGAGCUUUUAACAAUUGGGUUACCCAUAAUUGUGCUAUUUUUAACAUUAAUGGCCAUCUCGGCCAUCGGUCUCAUCGUGAGAAGGAAGAUCAAGUUCGCUGAUGUGCUCGAGGACUGGGAACGUCAAUACGGACCCCAUCGGUUCUCAUACAAGGAUCUAUACAUGGCCACUAAGGGCUUCACACACAAACAGCUCCUGGGGGUCGGAGGUUUUGGGAAGGUUUACCGAGGGGUUUUAUCAGCCUCGAAGAUGGAAGUGGCUGUGAAGAGAGUCUCUCAUGAAUCUCGACAAGGAAUGCGGGAAUUCAUAUCGGAGAUUGUGAGCCUGGGCCGCCUCCGUCACCGGAACUUGGUGCGACUUCUCGGCUACUGCCGGCGAAAGAGAGAGCUGCUACUUGUCUAUGAUUUCAUGCCUUAUGGAAGUCUGGACAAAUUCCUAUUUGACCAUACAAAAACAAUGUUGAGCUGGAGUCAACGGUUUAGUAUAGUCAAGGGAGUGGCUUCAGGGCUUCUAUACUUGCAUGAGGAGUGGGAGCAGGUGGUCCUUCACAGAGACAUCAAAGCCAGCAAUGUUUUAUUAGACAGCGAGAUGAACGGUAGAUUAGGUGACUUCGGCCUAGCCAGAUUGUAUGAUCAUGGGACUGAUCCACAGACGACCCACGUGAUGGGGACCCUCGGAUAUAUUGCACCGGAGAUAACUAGGAGUGGGAAGGCCACCACAAGCUCUGAUGUGUUCUCGUUCGGAGCUUUCAUGCUCGAGGUUGCUUGUGGGAGGAGGCCCAUUGAUCCCCGAUCAUCGGCGGAUGAGGUGAUGAUAUUGGUCGAAUGGGUGUCAGAAUACUGGAGGAGAGGCACAAUUCUGGCAGCGGCGGAUUCGAAGCUGGGACUUGACUAUGAGGUGGAGGAGAUGGAGUUAGUGCUGAAGCUUGGAUUGCUGUGUUCUCAUCCAUUGUCAGCCGCAAGACCGAGCAUGCGGCAAGUAAUGCAGUUUUUGGACCGCAGUGCACCUUUACCCGAGCUCUCGUCCGAUGAUCUGGGUGCGGCCAUCCUUGCGGGAGGCCAUUAUAAAGGAUACGAUGAUCUACGCUUGUUAUAUCCUUCUUCUUUAGAACAGGGGUUUGCAACUACAUCAUCGGUCCAAGAAUCGAUCCUCUCCGGUGGCCGUUGAUGGACGAUGGUAAGGUGUUGCAGGAUGGUGCGAGUUUGCUAUGCUUUAACGAAUUCUGUAUAACUAAAUACUAUUGAGGAUUAUCUUUCGAUGAUCUUCCAUUGAUACGAUGAGCGUCAAAUAAAAGUGGGGACUAUCUUCGGAUGGUACAAACAAUCGAUAUCAACGGUUUCGAUCUUCGAACCAUGGGCCCCGCUUGUACAAAGUGACCGAUCGAAUCAUUGUCUGUAAAUACUCUACCCGAAAAUUUUAUGAUUCCUCUGCCAUGUAAGCCAUAGUAGGUGUUUAU